AUGAUUAUUUCCACCUCCCACGUAUACUACCACCUCCUCUUCGGGCUUCUCCUCCUCCACUAUGCCCCACCGGCGUGCCCUGCCGCCGCCGGCUACUGGACCCUCCUCCUCCCAACCAUUGGCAUCUCCGCCAUGCACAUGCAGCUCCUUCCUAACGACCGUAUCGUAAUCUUUGAUCGCACAGACUUUGGCUCCUCAAAUAUCUCCCUCCCCGCCGGAAAAUGCCGCUUUGACCAAAACGACAUGGUGUUGAAGCUCGACUGCACCGCACACUCAGUUGAAUACGACGUCGCCUCCAACACCCUUCGCCCCCUCAUGGUUCUCACUGAUGUUUGGUGUUCCUCCGGAGCUCUAGACUCCAAUGGCAGCUUAGUCCAGAUUGGCGGAUAUAAUGACGGUGAUCAUGCCGUAAGGGUUUAUAGAUCUUGUGAUAAGUGCGAUUGGGAAGAGAUGCCAUCUGGGUUGAUUCAAAGAAGAUGGUACGCCACCAGUCAUAUAUUACCAGACGGCCGACAGAUUGUUAUUGGUGGUCGCCGGCAAUUUAACUACGAAUUCUUCCCGAAAACCUCACCGUCGGAGAAAGCUCAAAGCUUGCCGUUUCUAGUUCAAACAUAUGAUCGGUGGAUUGAGAAUAACUUAUACCCAUUUGUAUUUCUUCAUACCGAUGGAAAUUUGUUCAUCUUUGCGAAUACCCGUGCGAUUUUAUUCAAUUACUCCGAUAACAAAGUUGUCAAGACUUACCCGGAAAUACCUGGUGGCGACCCGAGGAACUACCCCAGCUCCGGCUCUGCAGUACUACUUCCAAUGCGGAUAGUACAAGAUAUUGUAGCUGUGGUUGAAGUUUUGGUGUGCGGUGGUGCACCGAAAGGAGCUUAUACUAAUGCUAAACAUGGGAAAUUCGAUGGAGCAUUGGAUACAUGUGGGAGAAUUAAGAUAUCCGACCCGAAUCCUCAAUGGGUCAUGGAGACCAUGCCUAUGGGCCGGGUCAUGGGUGACAUGUUGUUGCUUCCAAACGGUGACGUUUUGGUCAUCAAUGGUGGGUCAAGUGGGACUGCGGGUUGGGAACAUGCGCGAAACCCAGUUCUUGAACCGGUAAUAUACAAACCCGACAACUCAAUCGGGUCCCGUUUUGAGGUUCAAAACCCGAGCACUAUACCACGAAUGUACCAUUCGACUGCAGUUUUGAUUCGAGAUGGCCGGGUUAUUGUAGGCGGUAGUAACCCUCAUGAAAAAUAUACUUUCACAAACGUACUUUAUCCUACUGAAUUAAGGUUGGAGGCAUUUUCCCCUUCUUAUCUAGAUCCAAGUUCAUCCGGACUUCGUCCGGUAAUACUCGCACCUGUUUCCCAUACACAGUUUGAAUACGGGAAACAGAUGGUUAUACAGUUCACUAUCCAAGAUCAGCUCGACUUGAACUUAGUCUUGGUGACAAUGAUGGCACCAUCAUUUAACACACAUUCAUUUUCCAUGAAUCAAAGGUUGUUGGUUCUUGGUGGAGGAAACACCACCAAGGUCAUCGGAACGUCGAACUAUGAGGUUGUUGUGACGGCACCACCUUCCGGCAAUAUAGCACCGGUAGGGUAUUACCUUCUUUUUUUGUUACAUCAAGGCAUUCCAAGUGAAGGCAUUUGGGUUCACGUGGAGUGA